UUCAGUAACAGACAUAUCAUAUAUAUAUAUAUAUAUUAUUUUUUUUUAAAUUUGUGGUUGAAAUUUGGAAGAUGUGGAAAAGAGAGCAGCCAGAAAGAAAAUUGUGCUGCCUUGAAUGAAACUGUUCCUCUUCUUGUGAGAAUGUGAUCUCUAUCUAACUCUUUUUCUCGCUCUCUAUUUUGAUUGUAUUUAUGUGUUGCUGAGAAGAGGGAAGAGUUUGAGGUGGUAAAGUUUAAUCAUUUUGGGAUGUGUGCAGUGGAGUGUACUUUGACAUAUGGAAACAUAUAUCAAAUUUUUUGCAGGUUUUGUGGGGGAGAUGGAACUCAAACCAUGGUCACAGUCCGAAAGGUUAUUUUUUCUGUGGUAGAUUCUAUCUAUAAAUGGUGUGUGAUCUCUGAUUAUCUAUCAACCAGUUCCUCAACCACAACAAUGUACCAACGUCAUUCGCUACAGGAGGAGAUGGAGAAAGAGUUGUUAAUAGAUUUCCUAGUGAACUGUCAGUGCAAGUUUUGUGGGAGACAUGAAACUCCAAACAAUGGUACAGGCCGCAUGGUCAGCCACAACCUGUGGACUAUGUUUUCUGUAGUUGAUGGAAGGUUGUAUCUUGCACUUUGGGAUGGUGAUAUGGUGCAAAAAGUUGUUGGAUAAUAAGGAAAAAUAAAAAUUGUAGAAUAAUAAGAAACAAAUUUUCAGAACCUGUUUGUGUGUAAUUGGUUGAUCUGUCCAAAGCUUAUAUGAUACGACAGUGUUCUUAAAACGAUUUUUGCCGAUGCAGAUGAUUUUGUGACGCUUGUCAGACUUUGGACAGGGCACCACCAAAGUCUUUUUCUUCGAAUUUUUAGUAUCUUUACUUUACCACACACACAACAAUGCAAACUCUUUUUCUCAAUUCUUUCUCUCUAUAUUUCAAAAUGGGGCUCUUCCAGAAUAUCAAAAAAACGUUGUUUCAAAGGGCUUUUUUUUUUUUUUUUUUUUUUUUUUUUUUUUUUAGGGUCAAAAAUCUCUUGCGUUAAGGAGAAAAACCAAAAUAUUAUGCCAUAAAUUCACAUAAUGGCCCAUUAAAGACAAAUCAUUCAAACCCGGUUAAUAAAAAACGUUACAAAAGUAUAUUAUACAGAAUAGAAAGGAGAUUGGGGAAAAGAAGGCUUUGGAAAAUGUUUAUGAAAGAAGUAAUAGAUGUCAAUUUGAUGAGAAUGAUUGUGUAUUUGCAAAUUCAAACAAGAUGUAUAGUAAGAUGAACUGGACGGAGACUAAUAUCGUAAUAAAAAGGAAAUGAUAUUUUGGUUUGUGGGAAGAGAGGCUUCUUUUGGGAGAUUAUUAUUCCCCAGGGCUUUUCUUUUCCAACUGUGUGGGUUGUCAUGGUGUGUGUAUGGGCUGCUUUUUUUCUCUCUCACUUAGCUUACUUUCUCUCUCCAAUUUUUCAAAGUAGGUAGCUAUGGAACAAAUCCAAAUGUGGAGCAACUAGAAAGAGAAGCUAGAGAAAAAGAGGAAAUUAGAAAGAGAAUGCAGUAGAGCAAGUGUAGAGAGAUUUGAAGUUAGAAAGUGGAGAGAGAACUUUUGGAAGAGGGUGGUGAAAGUGUAAGAAAGUAAAGCAAGUGUAGUGAAAAACUUUAAAAAGAAAAAAGUGGAGAAAUGAUAGUGGGAGAGAAAAAUAAUGGACUAAAAUGGGGAUGAGUGAGUACUGGAAAACUUAAGAGAGAGAAGCUAGAAGAAGGUAGGCAUAUAGAGUGGAGAGAGAGAAUUAUAGAGAUAGCGAGGAAGAGAAAAAAGUAUAUGAGCGAUGAAUAGAAACUAGAGAAAGCUAGGAGGACAAAAUCAAGAAAGAAAUCAUGUAGGAGGUUUUUUUUAUUUUUUUAUAUUUUGUGUUUAAAUAUGUAGUGUGUUUUUGUAUUUUAAUCCUACUUCUAAUAAUAUAUAGUGUGUAUAUAUAUAUAUAUAUAUAUUUAUUUAUUUCAUUCCUUCGCUAAUUAAAUUUAUAUAUAUCAUUCUUAUUUCAUACCAUAAAAUCUUUGUUUGGCUGGUUUUCCCUAUCUGUUAGAAUAUAAAGUUAUUCAACAAAGAAAAGUUUUGAAGCAAAAAAGUUAAAAUAUAAGAAAAAGGAAAUAACUUCAAGUGAAAAGCACUUAAGACAAGAGAAAAUAAUUUUUUUAAAAAAAUGCAAAUUAGAAUUUAAUAUAUUUCUCAUUUCUUUCAGGGUUUAUUUAUUUAUUUACUUUUUCAAAAAAAAAAAAAAAGAAUAGGAAAGUGAUCGCUUCUGAAUCUAUUUUGUCUUAGAAAAGAGAAUAUAUAUGUAUAUAUAUUAGAGAAUAAUUAUAUAUAAUAUCUCUUUUAUAUUAAGAAUAUUUCAUAAUUAAAUUUAUUUAAAUAUUUUUUAUGUAAAUAUAUUCAUAAAUAUGCGAUUGAAUAUUUCAAAAAUAUUGUAAAAUAUGUAGCCGAACAUUUUUGAAGAUAUUCUAAUGUUGAAAUCUAGUAUUACUAAGGAUACAUCUUUUGAGUCUUUCGAUUUUAUAAAAUCAAAUGCUUCACAAAUGUUCAAUAGGGCAUGGCUUAUCAUGUUUGUAUGUUUGAUUAACCAUGGCCGAGCAUAUCUAUAAUCUAUAUACCAAACGUUUAAAUAGAAAAAUUGGUAAAAUUACUUGGGAUUUAUUUGUAUGUCAUUUAAUUGAGAUGUGUCUAAUCAGUUUACUUUGACAAAAGCCUUAAAAUUGUCACAUGAGAAGAUUUGCAGAAAUUACUUUGACAAAAGCCUUAAGAUUGUCACAUGAGAAGAUUUGCAGAAAUCAAGGAUACACCAUGACAAAAAUAUAUGGGAUGAAGUGGAUGAGAUGGAAUAGAAAGGCUGCAAGAUUGGAUGUUGGAGUGGGGGUUCCAGCUUGAUGGAGUGAAUAGUCGGAAUGGAGCUUUAAUCCAUUAGGUAUGUCUCUGAUUGAGGUGUUUGAUAUGUGAGAAAAAAAGAAAAAGAAAAAAGAUUAUGAUUUUGGCUUUGCUUUAUAACUGUAAGAAUCAUGUGUAUUAUGUGUAUUUUAGGUAUUAACAAAAAUAUAUAAAAUUAUUUUAUAUUUUUUUU